ACAACAAACCGUCUCGUAAGGUGGAUUUGAAGGGUCCCUUUCUCCGACAGUGAAGACCACAGACCAGAGGAGGAGCACGUGGAAUUUCGUCCUGUAUUAAACUCUUUUUUGAAAGCGUCCCGCUGCUGUCCGCUUGGCACGAGCCGCCCCCCAACUAGAUGGGUUGAGGGGGACGCGUAAAAAGCGAUAUGCAGUCGCUGAGCUACUUCUGAAGGAGGACCCUCUCAUCGUGAAAUCACAGCUUUGUAUGGAUUCGUGAUUUCAGCGAGUCAGAAAACACUUUUUAAAAAGUUCUCAAAGCGCGUCCCCGCGUGAAUUUCGGGCCCGCGUUCGAGUUCGGACGAUCUUUGACCCACUAUUGUGACGUGUGAUGUGUGGAGUGUAAACGCGAUGGAGGUGAGCUCGGUCCCGUCGUCUUCAGCUCCCCUGGUUCCAUCCAGACCUCUUGCAGCCGCCUGAUGGCCGCACGUCCCACUCCGCCAACACUCCGCUGCACCGACUCUACCGGCGUUAGUCACGGCUUCUCCUUCUGUCCACACAGUUGAAUGGAUUUUCAGGUACACUUUACUGAAACUGGGGAAUUCGAACCGUUCGCUUUUUUUACACAUAGCGGUUCGGGGCCACUUGGCUCGCGGUCAUAAAUGAUUUUGGACUCAGAAAUGUGUCUGCCUGGCGGGGUUUAAAAUAGCUUCGGUGAAUAUUAUCCUCGAUCUUUUUUUAUUAUUAAAAAAAAACAAUUUAUUUUGUGUUGGAAGCCGCAGAAGAUGAACCUGUGUGUAGUCAGUCUUCUCCUCACUCUGGAUCUAGCCGCCGUGGCGCUCAGUCUGUCCACGUGCAGCACGCUGGACAUGGACCAGUUCAAGAAGAAGCGCAUCGAGGCCAUUCGAGGGCAGAUCCUGAGCAAGCUGAAGCUCACCAAUCCCCCGGAGGACUUCCCCGAGCCCGACGAAGUGUCUCAGGACAUCGUGGCCAUCUACAACAGCACCCGCGACCUGCUGCAGGAGAAGGCGAACGCGCGCGCGGCGACGUGCGAGCGGCAGCGGAGCGAGGAGGAGUACUACGCCAAGGAGGUGCACAAGGUCGACAUGCAGCCCUUCUACCCGGCAGAGAAUGUCAUUUCUCCAACACACUUCAACCCAUACUUCAGGCGGCUGACAUUUGAUGUGUCUUCCAUGGAAAAGAACGCCUCCAACCUGGUGAAGGCUGAACUUCGGAUCUUUCGUCUUCAAAACCAUGGGGCCCGAGUGUCUGAGCAGCGCAUCGAACUCUACCAGAUUUUAGGACACAAGGACUUGACAUCCCCAACACAGCGAUAUAUCGACAGCAAGGUGGUACGAACACAAACAGAGGGAGAGUGGCUGUCCUUUGACGUGACAGAGGCAGUGAAUGAAUGGCUAAACCACAGAGACAGAAACAGUGGAUUCAAGCUCAGCCUGCAUUGCCCGUGCUGUACGUUUGUACCAUCAAAUAACUACAUCAUUCCCAACAAGAGUGAGGAGCUGGAGGCACGGUUUGCAGGUAUUGAUGACCGCUUCAUCCAUGGCGUUGACCUGAAGGUGUUUAAGAAGCGCCGGCACAGCACUCGAGCUCCACACCUUCUCCUCAUGCUGCUGCCUUCAUACCGACUGGAGUCCCAGUCCCAGUCCCAGCACACAAGCCAUCGAUCCAAGAGAGCGCUGGAUGCCGCCUACUGCUCCAGAAACGUUCAGGACAACUGCUGCUUACGGUCACUCUACAUAGAUUUUAAGAAGGACCUGGGCUGGAGGUGGAUCCACGAGCCAAAGGGCUACGAGGCUAACUUCUGUGCCGGAGCCUGUCCCUAUCUGUGGAGUGCAGACACCCAGCAUUCCAAGGUGUUAGGCCUGUACAACACCAUCAACCCUGAAGCAUCGGCAUCGCCCUGCUGCGUCUCUCAGGACUUGGAGCCCCUCACCAUCCUCUACUACAUCGGCAAGAUCCCCAAAAUAGAGCAGCUCUCCAACAUGAAGGUCAAGUCCUGCAAGUGCAGCUAGACUCCCUCACAAGCCAGCACAAACACACUCUCCCUCUCUUCCUCCUUCACAAACACACACACACACACAUACACACUCAUGGUGGAUUUGUGCAUACACAGUCAAACCGCAACUGUACUUUGUUGUCCAUGUACUGGUACAUUCACAGCAGUGUGUGUGCAGAGCAAUUCAAUGCAUACACAGUGUGUUCAUACCAGGAACUUGACUUUGAUGCCAAUGCUGAGUACCAUAAAUACAGCGCUGCAUUGCAGUAUUUGGUUGGUUGACACAGGAUCUCACUGCCUCAUUAAUGUGCAUGAUGUGGUUGGUGUGUAAUGUCUGGCUUUCCAAGCACCAGGAGUUAUCCAAUGUCAACAUGCAGCCUUUUAUACCCAUUAAACCUUCUUCUCCUGGAGGAGUAUCUGCCCAGUGUUAA